AUGAGCAAAUGUGAUCACUCAGUCUUCUAUCGGCAAUCAACAUUUGGCUCUAUUCUCCUUGUUGUACAUGUUGAUGAGAUUGUCAUCACAGGAAGUGAUUAUGCGGGGAUUUCUUCCCUUAAAUAUUUCUUACAUAACAAAUUUCAAAUGAAGGAUCUGGCCCCAUUAAGAUACUUUUUGGGAGUAGAAGUAAAUAGAAGAGAAAGGGGAAUUUUAAAGUAUAUUCUUGACCUGUUUGCUGACACUGGAAAAUUGGGAGCCAAACCUUAUAGUACUCUAAUGGUUCCCAAUGUGCAUCUUAUGACAGAUGAUGAUGAUCCAGAAAAAUAUAGAAGGCUAGUUGGGAAGUUAAACUACCUUAUUGUGACUCGUCCGAAUAUUUCUUUUGCGGUAAGUGUUGUUAGCCAGUUCAUGUUUGUGCCUAUGAUUAAACAUUGGGAAGCUUUGGAACAGAUUAUGUGUUACUUGAAAGGAUCCCCUGGACUUGGAAUAUUGUAUAGAAAUAUAAUUCAUACUCGUGUUGAGUGCUUUACAAAUGUUGGAUCCAAAAUUGAUAGGAGAUCGACUACAUGCUAUUGUGUGUUUGUUGGAGGGAACUUAGUUUCAUGGAGAAGCAAUAAGCAAAGUGUUGUAUCUAGAUCUAGUGCAUAA